AUCAACCCGUUUCCCUAAAAAAACGCACUCUCCUCCCACUCCCAUCUCGUUAGAUCCCCCACCAGGCUCCUCUCGUCCACAUGCGCCAUUUCUUCCGAUUUGUUGCGAGUGAUUGAAAGAUGUCGCUGCUGGCAUCAAGUGAUCGAUCCCCAUGCCAUCCCGCAUCUAGUUGCCACUUAUUUUCUUCAAAUUUCUCUUCAUUGGGUGGUGGCUCAGGUGGCCGGAUGAGUGUGUGCACGCGUUUGAUGCAGUCUCUACGGUGCGGAUCCUCACCUACCUCGUCGACUCUGGCAACGCGGCCACGAUGAGGGCCAGGUUGAAAGCACCGGAUGCGCUCCUCAACCUCGUCUAGCGGCCCUGGCAGAGGUGCUGAAGGUUGGCGGCGUGGAGGAGAUGGUGAGGGAUCUCACGGAGGAUGGGACACCGGUGAGAAGACACUGGGUGAGAAGGCAGUGGGCGUCAUCCGACUUUGAGUUUUCGUGCCACAUGAAGCAGUUGGAUGUGGUAGUUGUGGAGUGGCGGUUCUUGCUGACUUCGAUAUUUGUCGGUGUCGAGUUGAGCGGCGAGUCUCCCAUUGCAUCGUCGUACCAUAUUCGUUUUUCUUUGUGGUGUCAAGAUUCAGGCAUCGAUUUCGUCCCACUGGCUCCAUUCAAUUUCUUGUUUUUGGCUGAUUUCUUGGGCGUGUGGUUUAUGUGGACGACCAGUCUUGUUUAUAUUGGUUGAUGUGGCUGACACCGUGUGGAGUCCUGAUCUUAUAUUUGUCUUGCAUGCAUCUGUCCGGUUUUGGAUUGUCAGCACGUGAGUUGUACUUACGUAUCCAUUAUAUGUUUGGGAUCCUUAUUUGUUGACCCAUCCUUGGGAAAGAAAGUUAUUAUGGAUCUGUUCGUGGUUGUCUCGGACAUAUUUGAUUUUAAAAUUAUGAGGUAGAAGACUUGUUGUACUACUUGACGUGACAUGUUGUAUUGUUUUGUACAAUAUUUGCAUGUAGACUUGU